AUGCAACCACAAAGGAGAGUAAUAGCAUUAUUUGACGUUGAUCAGACUCUGACUCCAGCCAGAAAGACAAUUUAGAAGGCAAUGGUUGAAGCUAUUAACAAGAUGGGAGAUCACGGUGUAGAUUUUGGCAUUGUUAGUGGUUCUGAUCUCCAUAAGAUUAAGGAGCAGGUAGGGGAGGAUCUGGUCUAAAAAGCAGAUUACACUUUCUCAGAAAAUGGGCUUUAUACUUUAAGAAAGGGUUAAUUCUUUUCUAAGAUGUCUAUUAAAGACCAACUCGGAGAGAGUAAGCUAAAAAAACUGAUCAACUUCUCGCUUAGAUACAUUGCAGAUCUUGAUAUUCCCAUUAAGAGAGGCACAUUCAUUGAAUACAGAACAGGAAUGAUUAACAUUAGUCCCAUCGGUAGAAAUUGUUCCAGAGAAGAGCGUGAUGAAUUCGAGGAAUUCGAUAAGACUGCUAAUGUGAGAAAGGCAUUUGUAGAGGCAUUGAAAUCUGAGAUGGGAACAGAUGAUUUAACUUUUUCAAUUGGAGGAUAGAUUUCAUUCGAUGUUUUCCCCAGGGGCUGGGACAAGAGCUUCUGCUUGCAAUACAUUGAGAAGGAUUAUGAUGAAAUCCAUUUCUUCGGUGACAAGUGCUAGCCAGGUGGAAACGAUCAUGAAAUUUAUGCAGAUGAGAGAACCAUUGGUCACGAGGUCUCUAAUCCAGAUGAUACUCUUAAAAUCAUUAAUGAGCUUUUCUUAGUUGGUGGUGAACUAGAGUGA